AUGGUAUCAUUCGCUUUUGGUUAUGGACUGCUAGCAGCAAUGGUACUCUUUGGUGAUUCGUCCUCCUCGCAAGCCCGGAUGUUUACCAACAAACGUGUAAAUGUGGUGCUUGAUGAGAUGAACUUCUUUUUUUAUGAAAGCAACAAGUUCUACUUACAGUUCGCAGUCACCGUCUUGAACGGUUCCUUACCAGCUCCACCGGAGACGGUUGUUGAUGAGCAUGGUGAAACUAUUGCUAAUGAAUCCUAUGAAGAUUUUGUAGCUCAAGAUAGUGCUCUUGCGCCUGAUAUUUCCUUUAGUGUGAACAAGGUGGCUCAGUAUAUGCAUGCCCCAAGAGAGCAACAUCUACUUGCUGCUAAACGUAUUCUACGUUAUCUAGCUGGGAAAUUGAACUAUGGUCUGGGGUUCAUGCCAGGAAAAUUACAUUUAUCAGCCUUCUCGGAUGCUGAUUGGGGUGGAUGUGCUGAUUAUAGAUGA